AACAAAUCUCAAUUAUAUACCUAUCUCCCCUCGAUAUCCGCUCGGUCGCAUCAUCAUCACGAUCAAUUCACGAUGUCGUCGAAUUCAUAUGCCAUGGCCACAAUCGGGGCUCGAAAUUUCAAUCAUGAUCAGAGCGGAGAAGCGGAAGCUGAAUAUGACCGACUGCGCGAUCUCGCACGACAAGAAGCUGCGAAGCGAUCUAGUUGUUUUGACAGAGCACACCAAGCCUACGAACGCGGCGAUGGAGCAGCAGCGCACGAGCUCUCGGAGGAGGGAAAACAACAUGCCGCCAAGAUGGAUAUGUAUAAUAAGCAAGCGUCGGAUUACAUAUUCCGCGAGAAUAACGCCCCGGGAAGAGUGGCUGAUGAUACGAUUGAUCUCCACGGACAGUUUGUCGAGGAGGCGGAACGUAUCCUGGAGCAGAGGAUUCGAUACGCGCAGCAGAAUGGCCAGACGCAUUUACACGUGAUCGUAGGGAAAGGCAACCACUCCGUAAACCACAUCCAGAAGAUCAAACCUCGAGUCGAGCAAGUAUGUCAAGAACUCGGUCUGCAAUACGCGACCGAAGAGAAUGCCGGCCGCAUCUACAUCAAUCUGCAAGGCGGCCCUGCUGUCAUGCCGCCUGAGCAUAAUAAUAGCCACAACCACCAUGGAGGAGGAGGAGGCCAGCAGCAGCAGCAGCAGUCUCAUGGCGGCUAUCAACAACAACAACAACCUGGCUACGCGCCAGCACAAUCACAUCAACAAUCUACUUACCAAGCCCCUCCUCCUCCACAAACUAAUAACGAAAACGACGAGCUGGAAGAGCUGGCUAUAAAGGUGAUACCGAAGAUUUUAAAGAAACUGAGCGGUUGUUGCGUCGUCAUGUAAUUUCUAUCUAGAACGAUCUAUCUACCUCAUCUUGGUUAGGUAGCGCGCGGAAGAAGAAGAAGAAAACGAUACGAAUUUUCAUGGACUCAAGCAAGAAUCGGAUUUGGGAUGAUAAUAUAAUGUGGUGGUAGUUGGAGAGAUAGAUACCCUUUAGGAUGUUAGUUGUUCGUCCAAGAUCUACUUACUUCUCUGCGAUUUGAAGAGAUAUAUGUAUGUAGGUAGCUUGGUGUAUGGAGAUGAAGAAAAAAAAAAGGUUGUCGUCUGAAGAAAUACUCGUUCAGGUAUCUAUUUUGUAUGCCUGCGUACC